GAUAGUCCCAAAAUUGCUCUGCUGCGACCGUCCAAUCCAAUCACGUAGACUAUGAUCCAUGGCUGAAUAAAGUUGGUGAUCUUUUUCGUAACCGAGUUGCCUUUCCAUUUCUUCAUCUUUGAGUUCAUACAGCUUUUCCCCCUGAAGAGACAAUAAAUUUGACUCUGUUUUCUUCAAGAUUUCCGAUCUCUUGAAGAACUUAGGGGUUUUUAAUCUGUUCGUCAUUCGUUUCCAAGUUGCUUCAAGAUUUUGAUUCGAUUUUGCCGAUGGGGGCGUGCUGGAGUGAUCGUUCCAAGUCUGUGGGUACUCAUACAGGUCUUAAAAGUUAUAAGUCCAAGAGAGGAGAUGGGGAACAUUCUCAUGUUUCCAGCAGCAAGGUAUCCUCUGCCUCCAUUCCUGCUACUCCUCGGAGUGAAGAUCAAAUUCUUCAAUGCUCCAAUUUGAAGAACUUCACCUUCAACGAAUUGAAAACGGCAACGAGAAAUUUUCGCCCUGAUAGUGUUGUUGGAGAGGGUGGAUUUGGUUCAGUCUUCAAAGGAUGGAUUGAUGAGCAUUCCUUAACUCCCACCAAGCCUGGAACUGGCUUGGUCAUUGCUGUUAAGCGGCUCAAUAGAGAUGGACCACAGGGUCACAAGGAGUGGUUGGCUGAGAUCAACUACUUGGGGCAGCUUACCCAUCCUAAUCUUGUGAAGCUGAUUGGUUACUGCUUUGAAGAUGAUCAUAGGUUGUUGGUUUAUGAGUUUAUGCAAAAGGGCAGUGCUGAAAAUCAUCUUUUCAGAAGAAGCGCUCACUUUCGACCGCUUUCAUGGAAUGUUCGGAUGAAAAUCGCGCUCGAUGCUGCCAGAGGACUUGCAUUUCUUCACAAUAGUGAUGCUAAAGUCAUAUACCGUGACUUCAAGACAUCUAAUGUUCUUCUUGAUGCAAACUACGACGCGAAGCUUUCGGAUUUUGGAUUAGCUAGAGAUGGGCCAAUUGGUGAUCAAAGCCAUGUCUCUACUAAAAUCAUGGGAACUCAUGGAUAUGCAGCUCCUGAAUACUUAGCCACAGGUCAUCUAACGGCAAAGAGCGAUGUAUAUAGUUUCGGGGUUGUUCUUCUCGAAAUGAUAUCAGGGCGACGAGUGAUAGACAUGAAUCGACCACCUGGGGAACACAAUUUGGUGGAUUGGGCAAAACCAUAUCUAGUAAAUAAACGCAAAAUUCGUCGCGUCAUGGAUAAUCGUCUCGACGGGCACUAUGGUCUUGGACAAGCACAAAGGGCAGCUAACCUUGCAUUUCUUUGCCUAGCCACAGAUCCCAAGUACAGACCCAGCAUGAAUGAGGUUGUAGCAGUGUUGGAGCAGCUGAGUAGUGAAAGAAAGGAUCAUAAUGGUCAGCCAAAUGGUGGUACCAAAGAAGGUUGAAGAGGUAAGGUUGUGAAAUGUACAGCUGAUGUGAUGAAUAUGUAUAAAAUAUAUUUGUAAACUUGAUUAAAGUUUUCAUUUAAAUCGUAAGAAUUGACUUGUUGUUAGUUUUUUUUU